GCAGGAUCGCCGUCCGUUAGUUUUGCGUUUGAGUUCUCUUCAGCUAUGUGCACCGGGUUUUGACAGAAUUUUUUUCCUUAAAACCAUCAGGAAAACAAAACAGUUGAUAUGAGUAACGACAAUAAAAAUGACAAAAAAUGGAGGCCCAUGGCCAUCUCUAACCCGUCAACCCGGUUAAGGUUGGCCAGAAACAUGCCACAAUGGGUGAAUAAAUCGGGGUCAAGUGCACCACCUCCUCCCCUUCCAAAAGAACAAUCUUCAAUUAAGAACAAACAAUAUAAACAAAAAAUAGAAGAGCCUGAUUACGAAGUUAUCGAAUUCGGUCAACAGUAUUCUAACGCACCACCUUUAUUGCCAGCAAAGAAUGGAAACAGCCUUAAACGAGAUGGUAAACAUUGUCAACUAUGUGGGGCCUCAGGGCCUUCAGUACAAUGCGAACAAUGUCGUCAAAUAUUUUGCCACUCUUGCGAUGACAUGUACCACAGACAUCCAAAAAGGCAAACGCACAUUAGAAGACAAACCUCAGACUCGUCCCGCUUCCAGCCCAUCAGGCCCCCCCUGCCCCCUAAAGGCGAGCCCCCGUCUGCCCCCGUCCCGCCGCCAAGACGCCGCCGCGGCAGCUCAGUGGGACCGUCCCCGUGUCCCAGCCCGACGCCAAAUCGGCACAGUCAGGGAUUCCAACCCGAUCAAAGAAAGGAUGCCAACUCGUUCUCGUUUAGGGAGAAAAUGAAUUCCCUGAAACGAAUGAUGGGAAAUAGGCCUUUACCUCCUACACCUACCUCUCCUAACUUUACUUCAUCACGAUCAGAAUUUUGCGCUAGCCCACCGAAUCUGAAUAGAGGCUACAGACCCCCUAGCCCUAGCUCUUCGCUGCAAGAGAGGUAUAGACAGCACCAGAUGGCCAUGAGAGGUACUACUCCAAAUCUGCCAUCUACUGUAUCGUCAGAAUUUGAACAGCCGCCAAGCAGAGAUAGCGGCUACCCAGACUGGGAAAUCGAGCAGUGGAAUCAACGUGCAAGAUCUGGAAGUAUGUCAGGCUCUGAAUUCGGCGGUAAUAGAGGACAAAGAAAGUUCAGCAAUACAUCUUUACCUCCAAAUAGACUACCACACAGCGCGUCAGUUUUUGAUUUAAACAUGCAACAACCUGUACCACAUCAUCACCAUCAUGGAUUCGUACCAAUACAAUCGGCUCAAUCUAUGGCCCAGCUGCAUCAACCUUGCUGCCAGCCACAACCGUGGGUGGACCAAUGGGGGAUGUGCAAUCCACAACAUGGAAGCAAUAUGAGUCUAAACAUGGGACCAAAUGGUUACCCCGUUAACCCCAUGUGGAUGAAUACCUGGCAAGGACCCCCACCAACUGGCUAUCCAUAUCCACAUCCUCAACAGAUGAAUAUGCAUCACGAUGCAAGAUCUUGCAGUCAUUCAAGACCUGCUUCACCGACUCAUAGCGUUAAGUCUAGGAAGUCUACGUUGAGCAGAAAAAGCAGAAAGAAAUAUCGCGAUACAGACUCAGACGACGAAGACGACAUAGACGAGCGUAGAUCGAUGAGGAGCGAAAGAAAAUCGCUAAGCAAUAGAUUUAGCGACCGCCAGAUACCGUUAAGAGACGUUGCAUCGAUGCCACGCGAAGUCAUGAGACGUCAUACUCUGGAUCACCUCGAUAGGUCUUCAGUUGCUAGAAGUAGACGCUCCGUCAAAGAAAGCUCAAGUGACAGUGAUGAUUACCAAUCGGAGAGCCAAAAGGACAGCGAGAUUCCCGAAGAAGAUGAAUCAGUUUACGAUAAUAAUGAUGAUGAUGAAGAGCCUAAACGACCAGUUAACAAAGUCGUGCCGGCAUCAUCAUGGGAAUGCGAACAUUGUACCUUUGUGAAUGAGGCUGGCACUAGAGUUUGUACUGUAUGCUGUAAAACCGCUUCAGAGACUCCAAAGAUUGUUAAACAGGCACAAAAUAAUAACAAUAAAAAUAAUAAAGUAUCAAGAACACAAAGUGCCAAGUUGCCUCCCAUUAAAAAAUCUCAGCCCAAAGAGAAAAUACAGAGAAGCAUGUCGAGCGACGAUUACAGCAAAGAUUAUAGCGAGACGGAAUCUGUUUUGAACAAAAUGGGAAAAUUAAAGAUUGUUGAUACAAAACCAGAGAUAAAAACAGUAUUGAAUGAUGUCAAAAAAGGAAAAGAAGAAGCCGUUAGUGAGAAAGAUAACGAAGAUGUAAUGGAAAUAAGUGAGAACUUGAGUGAACAAGAAGUGCAAAAAGUGUCGACUAGUGUCGGGUGCUCACCACCUAGAGAAAUUCCUAGCAAUACGAGUGUAAGUGAGGAGAAAUCAAGCAAAAGUGACAGUGAAAAAUUGGAAAGAAUUAUGGUUACUACAUCCUGUGGAACUUCACCACCACCUCAAAGCAUAUCUACCCAGACCUAUGAAGAACUUCCUCCACCUAGAGAUUCAAACAGGUCACCAAGAGCUACAAGUCGCAGCAGUCGCAGAAGAGAUUUUAAAAGAUCACAAUCUUUAAAAGGAACAUCACAAAAACGAGGUUCUGAGUGGUCCUUGCAUCGCUCUUCAAGCAGACAUUCUCUAACAACUGAUUCGCAAAGUCUUCCUGGUAGCAGAGAACAAAGUCCAUUCUCCUACGACUACGAGGAGGAGCCAUACAGUCAUAGAGACCGUCGAAAUCAUGGUCCCACAAACACCAGACUUUCUCACAGCAUCAUGGACCUCAGAAAACCGGACCUGUACAGGCGGCCGAGUCAAUACGACAUAUACAGGGACUCUCAAGACAACCCUGGUCAUAGAAACCGUUCCGAAUCAUUCAAUGUGGACUAUCUGAGCGAACCUAGACACGAUACCUUCAAAUCUCAAGGCAUGGAGUUGGUGAAGCUACUAAGAGAAGCUGAACAGUAUAAGUAUACAGCGGAUGAGGUUCAAGCCGCUAUAACUCAAUGCAAGGAUAUGAACCCCAUAGAGUGGUUAAGGGAACAUUGGGACGCUACCAUAGCAAGCGUUCAAACCUUGGCCACUCAACUGGGUAGAGAAGGCCCCAUGAAUAUAGUAGGAACGGUUUCGGAGAACGAAGCCCGAGAUGCUUUGAGGUUGCAUAAAGGGAAUCUAUGGCCGGCAGUUACAGAGUGCGUGGAACAGAGGCAAAGAAAGUAUGCUACUUUAGCCUCUCGCGGCGAUUUCGGUCGCGAAGACAUUGUAACUGUCCUGACUGCAAAUCAUGGCGAUUUGGAGGCUGCUUACAAUGAGUUGAGUAAAAGUCAACUAAAACCUUUUUUAAUGCGGAUUUGGGGACCACCGGUGGGUACGGAGAAUGAGGCAGGUAAUGAGGGGGCUACAUUGCAAAAAAUUAGGGGCGAAGAACCUAUAACUGAGGAUGAAAAAAAUAUAAAAGAUCAAGCAAUAGCGGUAAGUUCUGAAACUAGUACUAAUUAUGCCCCUACUACUGAUAAGCCCGAAAACGUAAGUAAUGCCCCCUCGGAAAAUUUAAAAAAAGCCCGAAAACAACAGCAUAAAAACUCCUUAAAAGACAUCGAAAUCGAGGUACUGAAAAACCUGGAGGAUAUGAAUCGACUAAGCGAGAGCCUGGACAAUGAAGAUCCUCCUGAACCUUCCGCUUCCAAACCAAAAGUUUUCGUAGAAAAAAGUAGUACCGUAAUACAAGUAGUGGACAACGAUUUCUUGAUCCCUUACCCGCAAAACUCGAACGCCGGCACCCCAGACUCCAUAACUACUGAUAGCAGCGACAACGAAGCUCAAAAUGACAAUUUUAAAGACGCCGUCGAAUCUCUAACCAAAGAUUUUAACACUCAAACAAACUACAACGAUAACAGCAUUACUGUAGAACCCACAAGAAAAGAACCUGCUUACAACUUAAGCCGAAAAAAGAGCGUCAGCAAGCUAAAUAUAACAUUAACAAGCCAUAACACAGCAGCUGCUGAUCUGGACUUUGUUGCUAUAGAACUGCCAGUCGCACAGAGCGCACAGUUAAUGCAAAAUGAAGAAGAAUCAACUCCUACAAAUAAUGUCGUGCUUGAGAGUAAAGCUGCAAUUGUUUUGAAGCCGGCUUUAAAAAAAGAAAUGUCCAACAAAAAUUUUACCGCCACAAUGCCUGUAAAUUUUAACACACAAUCCACAAGUUCCAACGUGGAAGAUUUGGUACCUCCAGAAAAAAAUAUUGUAGAACCCUUUGAAAUUACUUCUCCAAUACCAGUUAAUAAUUUGGCUAAGAUUCCAGAUGAAAAAAAUCACGAUACACAAUCUACAAGUAGUAAUAUAGAAGUUUUAGUAUCUCCAGUAGAAAAUUCUGUUGAAGCAAACAACCCAUCAAUUGAAGAAAAUGUUACUAUACAAGUUGAGAAUUUGGCUAUACAAGUUUUAGUACCUCCAGCAAAAAAGUCUGCUGAAAUAAUUGAUGAAAGACGUAAAAACGAUGUUUCUGCAACUUCAAAUGAUAAUUUGGCUGAAAUUCAAGAUGGCAGCCUAGAGCUUCCAUUAAUAAAUAAUAACCAAGAUAACUUAGCACCUCUAGUAGUAGAAAAAGCAACAACUGAAGAACCUGUAACCACAGAUAAUAAUAUCAUAGAAAACAUAUAUCCCCCUGUAAGUAGUAUAGAUACAAAUAAUACUCAAGCUGUUGAAAAAAGUAGUGCUAAUGAAUCCAAAACUCCUGAAUUCCAUGCUGCUUUAGAACAAAAUACACAACAUGAAGUGAUAGAACCAAUGCAAGCUAAUACUAAUGAUAAUAAAGUAGAUGUUAACGAAGGGAUUGUUGAAUUAGAAUUUACUAACAAUACUGAAUCUGCAAAUCAAGAGAACAUCAUAGAAGACAAAACUCAAGGAUCUGAAGAAAAAGACAAUUCAUUGCUACCAGAAUCUGAACAAGACUCAGCUAUAAACACCGUUGAAAACACAGAAAUAAAAGAAAAACCUUCCACGUCCACUACAGUCCAACCUCUAAACAGAAAGCAGAAGAAAUCAAUGCGUAAAGCAAAGAGGCGUUCGGAGAAAAGAGCGGCUCGUAGAGAGUCAACCACGAGUACCACGGAGUCGAGCAGUGAAGUACCGGAAACUGAUAAUAAUACAGAUACAGAAAAGUUAAAAAAUAUGGAAGAAAACAAUGUCAAACAACCUAGUAAGUUGAAUAGAAAAAAAUGUUUGUCUAAACAUGAGAGUCAAAAGUAUUCAAAGUAUAAGAGAAACACUACGGAGCCUAAAAAGGAUUUGGAAGAGUAUAGUCCAGAAAUUUUGUCCGAUAAUAAUAAUAAGUUGGAGGAGGAAAUUAGGGAAACUUUGGAAUCAGUAAAAGAAAUAGUUGUUGUUGAGGAGGAUCUAGAAAAACCACAGGAGGCAGAAGUGGUAGAUGUCAUUGAAAAAGUAAACAAGAAACAAAAGGGAUCCAAAAAUAAAGUUAAAAAAUCAAAAACUGUUAAAGCAGUCGACCAAAUUAAAGAUGAACAAGUUCCUACAGAAAACAAAAUAUCCAAAUCAGAAACUGUAAUAGCAGUGAAUAAGAAUAACGAUGAUGAAGCAACCCCGAAUGAAAUAAAAGUCAGCAAAUCAGGAACUCUAAAGGCAUUUAAUCAGAUUAUUUCAGAAAAUGAUCUUCCUCAAGAGGCAGCAAAUGAAAUAAGCAAAUCAGAGACAUUGAGAGCUGUAAACCAAAUAAAAAGUGAAGAUGACUGCCAAACCAUUGAAAAUCAACCUAAGACAACAACGACUAUACAAAUGGCGCAAAACAAACAAAGCACUAUUCCCGCUAUAAAAAAACCAUCGAAAAUUCCGAUAUCCCGACAAAGAUCAGUAUCUAAAAGUGAACCAAAGUCGCCUGAAGUACACGCAACUCAAAGCAAAAUACCUGUAAAAACCAAUACAAAACCCCACAAUGAGAAAGCGACUGUUGAACCUCCAACUAAAAUUGCAGAUAAAGUGGAAGAUAUAGCCAACGAAAUGAAGAGCACCGUUGAAGCAGUAAAAAAACAACUCAGCGAUCCGAUCAGCAAGAGAAACCAAUUGAUUAAAAAAAGCUCAAUGGAUUCUACUACAAGCUCGUGCAAGCAAUAUUCGUACACGAAAUCCAUGGACAACGAUAGCGAUUCGUCCGUAUCGGACAGUAAUGUGGAAGAAAUACUAGAACUGAGUUCCGAUGAUGAAAACUACGAAGACUUCGAGGAAGAUUUCGAAGAAAUCGAAGAAUCAGCCUCUGAGGACUACGAUGAGUUUGAUGCUAACAACGUCAAGAUGGCUGAAGAGCUUAAUAUCAACUUAUACAGUGAAAGAGUGAACGAAUUAACCACGAAUUUGCAAAACAAAAACAACAGUAUAGAGGAAACGUGCGAAUCGGAGGAAUACGUGUCAGAGGAAGAACUUAAAACCGAUGAAUCUGAAGAUGAAGUCGAAGAAACAAACAAUAAACUCGAACAUACUGAGCAUAUUGACUUAGAUUUACAGGUUGAGUUCAAACAGCCUACGGAACAUGAGAAGAUGGAGAGGCAAGCCAGAAGAUUUUUAGCUGAGGGUCAGUGUCAAACUUAUCAGCAAGCAGAACUAGCGGUUAGCUUGAUGGCUCUGAACUUCUCAUCUGAUGAAGCUAUUGAAGCUGUUCAGGACUGUUCUUCUUUGGAUGCGGCCAUAGCGUAUUUGCAACAAGAUUGUGAGUUGUGUGCUGGGAAAUAUCCGAUGAAUAAGAUAAUAUCGAUGUUAAAAUGCAUACACAAAUGUUGUUACGACUGCGCCAAAAACUACUUUACUAUACAAAUAACAGAUAAGACCAUCAUGGAUUGUACCUGUCCUUUUUGUAAACAUCCAGAGCUAGGAGAGAGUACCGAAGACGAAAUUUCGGACUACUUCUCGCAUUUAGACAUUCUACUGAAGGGUAUUUUGGAGAAUGAUGUCCACGAGUUAUUCCAAAGAAAGUUAAGGGAUCGCACCUUAAUGCAGGACCCUAAUUUCAAGUGGUGUGCUCAAUGUUCCUCCGGGUUUAUUUCGAAUCCCAGACAGAAAAGACUGAUUUGUCCUGAUUGCAAGUCGGUUAGUUGUGCGUCUUGCAGAAGAACGUGGGAAACACAGCAUGAAGGCAUCACAUGCGACCAAUUCGCUGAAUGGAAAGACGCGAAUGAUCCGGAAAAUCAAGUACAAGCAGUCACGAAACAUCUAGCUGAGAACGGAAUCGAUUGUCCGAAAUGUAAAUUCAGAUAUUCUUUAGCCAAAGGUGGUUGCAUGCAUUUUACGUGCACUCAGUGCAAAUACGAGUUUUGUUAUGGAUGUAGUAAAACCUUCAUGAUGGGUGCCAAAUGCACAGUCAGUCAGUAUUGCGCCAAGUUGGGUCUCCACGCGCAUCAUCCCAGGAACUGCCUGUUUUAUUUGAGAGAUAAGGAGCCUGGAGAAUUGCAACAUUUGUUAAAGGCGAACAAAAUAAAGUUUGAUACAGAAAUAUCCGGCGAUGAAACCAAAAAAUGUCCAAUUCCAUUACAAAAAGAAACACCAUCAGGUCUCGUGGAUACUAUUUGUAAUGGAGAUGUUGAAAAGGCACAAGCGGGGUUAUGCAGGCAACACUACGUCGAAUAUUUAGUUGGGCUCAUUGGCAGACACAAGGUGGACCCGAUCUCGAUCCUGGACUUGGCCGAGAUCACUCAGGAGCUGAGGCGGCGUGGCAAACAGUUGCCCGAACGGCCUGCGUCUUGCAUGGAGUUCGAAUACAAGCGCAUAUGCGCCAAGAUUGUGGUGGAUCAAAUACCCCUGGAAUAGGCAUAAUAUUUUCCAAUUUUCCAUUAAGUUUUCUGUGUGAUUGUCUUUUAGAUGUUUUGUUAUAAAUACAAAAAUAAGAAAAUUAUAAAUAUUUAUUACUUUUCAACAUUGUUUUAUUUACCCUUAGACAAUUCAAUACCUUUCAAAAAAGCUUGCAGCUUAUUUGCUGGUUUUUCCUUUUGCUUACUUAAAGGUGUACUGCUCGCCAUAAGCUGCUUUAAGUUCUUUAAAGAUUUUUCCAAAGCUUGAUUUUUCUUUUUGGUUACUUUACCACCAUUAUUAUUAUUUAAUUGCUCAGGUUUUUCCUUAACUAUAAUACUCUUAAACUUAAUAGAAUCCCUUGAUUUUUUUGGACUCUUUGAAUUAACAGGUAUCAAAUUUGAUCCAUUAACACAAGGUUUUUUUUGUUCUACUGUUUUUUCUUGAAGAAUCUUAAGCGGAAUCAAUUUUACAAAAUCCUUUUGCUUCUUUUUUGCAGACAAAACUAGUUGUUCAUUCAAACCACUAAAACGGCUUAUCUUCUUUUUCUUCUUUUUUGUUGCCGUCUUAGAAACUGGAGUAUCCACUACUAUUGGCUUAAUUAUAGGUUUUUUCAUGGGUAUUGACUUUUCUUUUUUGCAAAAUUUACAUGUUAUUAU